AUGACUGCACAGUAUGCCAACCUGAAGCCACAGACAAUCGACAGCCAUGCCAUUUCAGGCGAAGUUGCUGUCCUCAAAUGGUCCCACAGCAUUGUCGAGGAGUACAACUUCAUCAAUGAGUUCGCCGCCAUUGAGAAUGCGCGUUCCCUUGCAUUCGAAUUGGGGACCUAUGAUGGAAUCUCCAGUGACACAAAAUCAGCUACGCUCACACACAUGGCUCCUUCACCUCGUCGAAGCUUGGGUUUUGCUUCGGACGUUGAUGUUCUGAUGGGCCUGGAUGAUGAGUUAACCAUGUACAAGAUCACCGUUCCCGAUGUAUGUCUUGGCAAUGGUACAAUGCCUUGGAGUGCGGGUCUACUUCGAGGAGGAGAAUUUUCCAACAUCAAUUUUGACUUCAAUGCAGAUCAAUGGCAGUGUCCUGCUGGCCACAGCCUCAUUGACUACGCCAAUGGAGAGAAUACUGCUCCCCCAGUUGAGGCAGCCACCAUGUUCCCGAGCGCUGGCGCUGCUGACACCACUGAUGCCACCCCUGGACCAGGUCACCAUCGACCUCCUCGAGGAGACGUCCAUAUGCCGUCUUGGGGACAGAAUAUACGACAACUGCUGGAAGAAGAAGGAGAAGUGAGUGAUGAAGAAGAAGGUCCGGUCAUCAUGGUCAGCUCCUUUUACAUUGACCACGAGACACACAGGUUUCAUGAUGAGCCUAGAAUCCUGCGCUUUGACCAGGAAUACCAAGAAUGGGAGGCUGAUGUACGGUUCAUAUGGGAAGACAUGGUGGACAACCAAGCCUCAUUGGACAUUGUCAUUGUACGUCCUGAACCACCACACAUCCCUUUCCGAGGAACGGUAGCCACCGUCAUUGUGCACCAACAUUACAGAGCAGACCGGGCUGCGUGCCUCAUCACUGCAGUGCACAUCAUGGACCCAGUGACCACCUUCCGACAUUCUGCUCACUCGACUGAUCUCCUACUUCCUCCUGCACGAGUCCGACAUUUGGCGGGUGUGGAACAAAUUUGUCUUCAGCGUGAGCAACAAGGAAUUGAUCGCUGCACAGUCCACAUUGGUCAUCAACUACAACCCGAUGAUCAAGACAUCGCCACUUUUCAUGGACUGAGUGUACACAUCCGCAUCCCCUCUUCUCUUUCCAUUGAAGAGGCGGAACAAAAUCUCUGCCGUCGAGUACAACAACAACGACACCACAGACAAGGAGACAGCUGGGACCCUCCUGAAGUUCCCGAAGGACCGCCAGAAGCAGACCAUCCGCGACCUGAUCCUACGGGAGCAAAUGGACAACCUCAGGAUCCUGAAGACGCCGUUCCCUUCAUGGGAAGAAGACCACAUCGGCCUGCCCGACGGCAACCGAUUGAGGUAUCAUCUACGUCAAAUUCGCCUGAGACGGUGUCCUCAACUGAACGUGGAUUGGACUGGAGACAAACGGUUAUCUUCACCAUGGAUGGACUGUCCACAUCAGCUCAACUUCCAUGGAGUGAUCCGGAUGCACUUUUUGGUCAAAUUGCAGCUGCUCUGAACUUUGGCAGAAGAAACAUCUUGCGAGUUGUCGCAGUACCACACAGACCUUUGGACUAUGAGCCAGUCCACCUACAUUGUAUGUUGCUCCAGCGGUCCACCGAGUUUCGACCAUCUCCAUAUGUUCGUCUCGUUUUGAUUGACAGAGAACUACAUGUAGAGCAGAAUGUACAGACUUCGCCCUUCCGCAGAUUCCCAACAUGGAUUCCACACAUUCUCACAAGAGCUGGCCUCCUGAAUGAACUUGGCCUGGGAGAACUAUGUGAUGCCCAAGAUCAACCAUGCCAUGUUUGGAGAAACAAUGUACUCAUUGAGGAGCAAGCCACGGAGAACUUGUACAUGGCAGAUGGAGACUAUAUCAGGAUCUUUGUGGGCGACUUGCCAAACUCUGAGACAUGCUUGUCAGAUCUUGAUUUGGGAAACAACGAGAGUGCGGAAGAAGGCCUGAUCACAAAUGAUACUGAGGAAGUCAACCUUUUCCAAAAAGCGAUGCGACACCUCAAGCAGGACUGUGCCAACCUGCUACACAAUCUGGAACCAGCCACAUGCAAAGUUGCACCUGACCACGUUACGACGGGCAGACCUAUUGGACUUCCAGGAUCAACACAACAAGACCAACGCCCUGCUGCACCGACACAGGAUUUCCAUCAAGGUGAUCUUCAACGACUGAGGAACUGGUUUGACAGAGAUGCACUCAUUGAAUGCAGUGAUGAAGGCGAAAUUGCCUACAUUGACACAUGGUACAUCCAUCGCCAACGACAAACCAUUUGUCGCGAAGCACGACCCAUCAGACUUGGAGCCGAUCCCACCAGGUGGAGGACUGACAUUCUGGAACUAUGGCAAGAUAUCAUUGACCCCAACUUGGCCACGACCAUACAUUUGGUGCAACCGCCCCCGCCGUGUGCCAUGACAGAGUGUGUUCUUGUCCAUUUGAUUCUAGAACAAUCCACAAGACCUCAACAUGGUGUUGGACUUAUCACCAUACACGUCCGCGACCGACAUGGAGAUUCCACGAGGCAUGGGGCCUACUCACUUCCCAACAUCAUGACAGAGCGCAAUGUGCUGCACCUGGCCGAGAUGUUCAUCUACUGCCAAGCCAGACUAUGUGCUGUCAGACUUGGAGCUCUGCCCUUUGGUCUUGCUGAUUGGGUAGAAAUACCUCGGGCCGCCAGCUUGGUCAUCCACAUACGACCUCUCAUCUUGCCGCAGGAUGACGAUGACCAUAUGGAGCUCAUGCAACGCUCCCGCACCAGAUGGAGACGUGAGCCUUCUACACCAGCAGAUGAUGCGCACGCACCAAAUGAUGGACUUGCAACGUCAUCAACCAGCAGACGAUGUGCACGUUUCGUCUUCAAUCCUGGAGCACCAGCAUUCAAUCCACUGACCCCCAACUUGAAUACAAUGCCUGAAGAGAUCCAAGAACUACACCAACACUGGAUCCGGACUGCGUUUAGUUGGGAGGGUGAAACAGCAUCAACCAGGAUCCAAACAUGGUUCGUCGAUCAACACGACCAAAAUUUCUGGACAUGCACUCGGCCCAGAACAGUCCGUCUUUACGAGGACUAUACGCAGUGGGAAGCUCAAAUCCGCCAGACGUGGCAGGAUAUGUUGAAUCCAGCAAUGCCAUCGAUCAUUCAGGUCGUGACUCCCACUCCCAUCAACACACAUCGCGAGACGGCAGCUCAUGUGCUCCUGAUCCAGCGGCCGCAUGAAGUCUUUGCCACCGUUCUGACGACAGUGGUCGAUCUUAGUCAUGCAAGACGUGCUGUUACAAUGCAACUUGCAAUCACCACCCAUGAACACAUGUAUGUUCAGAACUUGCUGAUGGCAUUGGGACUGGCCGGACGAUGCCUUGCGACAGGGGCUGCGAUGACAUGCCAGACUUGGUAUGAUCGAUUCCUCAUCCAGCCGGGAACGGUCUUUCCUGCUCGCAAUGGACAAGGACUUCUGAUCCAAAUGCACAGGAGACCUACCUAUCAAGACAUGCGCGACGGCACCAACCUUCUUCAAACAAAAGUGCAAAUCAUCCAUCGUGAGCGCCAAACACAUGGGCAGGUGGCUCACACCCAUGGGCCACGAUUGGAUACAUCAACCUGCACACCCUCCAUCUUGGAAGAGGACAUGGAACCUCCUUGCCCUGCCACAGGCAUUAUCUACAUCCACUGGCCACCGACCUACAGAUCUUCCACCCAAAUCCCACACUUUGUGGAGGUUGAAGUUCCAGGCACACCUGAACAAGUUCGUCAAGAACUUCACAGCAUGGGCUAUGAAGGUGAAGUUUUCUCAUGUGGCCAGCAUGAUGCCGUGUAUUUUCAGCCUCGUAUCUUCCAUCAUGAAGUGAUGCACAUCUAUUGCAACCAGGACACGACCACUAAGAAUGGCAUUCAUGUGCAACGUGGAAUUCCUGCGGAGGAUGACAUCACUCACAUGAAGAUACUAUAUCGGAAGGGUUUUCACAAAGCAGUGAUUACGCACCGUGAACACGUCAAUGACUAUGUCACGUUCUUGCAUUUUUGCAACGUGGAGCCCAAGCAUGAAGAGGACCACAAACCACUGAGGUUGCCCACACCUUGGCCCUCACCACAGCCACUGCAAAUCAACAUGACCAAACCUUUCUUUGAUAAAGGUUUUGAUCGAUCACGAUCUGCGCAUGUCAUUGAGGUAGACUGUCAGGAGCUUCAAGCAUUUUUCAAUGCGCCACCUCUGCAGUUGAUUACAGACAUCACUCCAUAUGAGGUGCCAGACUUCAUACAAGAGGCCAUCGCGCAAUGUCGACCGCUCUCUCGACAUGACAGAUUGAUCAUUUAUGCGGAUGGAUCCUCUCAGAGCAAGAAAAGACAUUGCUCGCCUCUAUGGACUGACCUGCAUGAAGUGAGCGACUCUUGGUGCUUUGCCGUUUUUGCGGAACAGUACCCUGACCAAGAUGACAAUUCUGGACGAAACCUGGAGUUCAUUGGCCUGACUUGUCAACAGAUCCUUUAUGAACCAGAUCGUCCUCAUCAUGUUGGUACAGAUCACAUCGGCUCCGAUGCAGCAGAAACCGAGGCACUGUUGUGGAGCGCUCUUUGGCGGCUUGCACAGAACCACAGGCUCCCGACUAUCUUUGUGACUGACUCUCUUCUGGUGGGUGGACAAGGGAGCCCUACAAUAUCCUACAAUGAGUUGGUAGAUCAUUUUGCCAAGCUUGAAGGACGAGACAGUCAGUACCUUCCACGGCAGCAGAUCAACAUGCCCACCUUUGGGCGCAUUUUGCGUGUACUUUGGAUGGUCCUGGCACAGGACGGAGAUUUGCCCAGAUCCUGUGACGGAGGGCUUGCCAUUCCACCGCCACAGCUCCCAGAGGAUGCAUCUCACACCGUCUCAACUGCAGAGCAACACACAGUGCGCACAGAUGUGGCUUUGAGUUUUGCAACGGCAAAUGUCCGCACCUUCUACAAGGGUGCUGAUGGUACACCUGGCAAGUUGCAUUAUGUGCGAGAACAAUUCAAACACCUCCACCUCCAUUUUCUUGGAUUGCAAGAGACUCGCACAACAGCCUGCUCGACGACCACAGCAUCUGUUCUUCGACUGGCCAGUGGCGACUAUCAUGGACACCAAGGAGUGGAAUUGUGGGUGAACCUCAAUCAACCAUAUGGUUGGCAAAGUGGUCGACCCCUUUACUUCACCAAGAAAGAUAUUGUGGUCACCUUCGCCAGCCCAAGAUGUAUGCUUGUACGUGUUCACAAUCUACACUUGGACUUCAUGAUUGCUGUCAUCUAUGCUCCGCAAAGCGGUAUUCCACAUUCAGAACGUGCUGAUUGGUGGAAUGACACAAUGAUCAGCAUUCAGGACGCUGUUCAAGACAAAGAUUUAGUUCUCCUCAUCGAUGCGAAUGCGGCGUCUGGUGAACAGGAUGCUAGACAUGUCUUCCAGCAAGAUGACAAGCAUACCAGUGGCACAGGAUUCCUACGGGAACUACUGGAGACAACGAUUCCGGAACUGGAUUUGGGCAACAUUGGGGAUCAUACAGCUGUCGGACUGGAAGUGCAGUGGUUUCAAUUCUCCUCGCACAGCCCAUCAAAUGGACACAAUGCCAGAAACUAUGACCGUACUGCCAUUGCUCACAGCACACUGGGACCACAACUCUGCGGCUAUGUGCCUUUGGAUUGGGAUGCGGACAUUGCAACACAGGUUGAUCAUUGCAAUCAACAUCUUGUCCAGACAUUACAAAGCCAUUGCCCCAAACGCAAAACUGGCCCCAAAAAGCCCUUCAUCACAGAGGAGAUGUGGGCGCUUCGAGCUCAGAAACUUCAAGCAGGUCGUCGUCUUCGUCAACUCCGUCGCAUGCAGGCCAGAGAAUUGCUUGCGAGAGCAUUUGCCUGUUGGAACCAACCGGAAAUUGAUGUCCCUGGCGAGACCUUUGCUAUCUCAUUACAAUGUGCACUUCUUAAACAUGGAGUUCAAUUUCAGCGUUCCAACUUUGCUCUAAGAAGAAAGCUGCGUGAAGCACGAGGACAAGCCCUUCGAGACGCAGUCUCGACCUUGCCACCGGAAUGCCACGCCAGUGACAUCCUCCAAGCCCUCAAGCCAUUGAUUGGACCCACAAACAUGCGACACCGGAGAGAGAUGCCAUUACCUAUGGUCAACGAUGAGAAUGGUCGUCCAUGUCGUACCCCACAGGAAUUGACCGAUCGAUGGGCCAACUUUUUCGGAGCCAUGGAAGGGGGAACCAGGAUGGAUGAGAGGCAGCUGAGAAACCUCUGGAAGCAGAAUCUACAGGAGUGCAUUCCUGACGGGCUCCGACUCAUUUUCCUGGACUUGCAGGAAGCCUUUUAUCGCGUCAUCCGCCCUCUGGCGGUCGGUGGCACUCUUCCAGACGCGGUUUUGGGACAAAUUGCUGCUCGCUUGAACCUUGAUGAUCAAAUUCUUCACGACCUUCAUGAACUCCUGCAGAGUCCAUCUGCUACGGAACUUGCUGGUCUACCCCAACAUCUUCAAGUUGCUCUUCGGGCCUUGCAUACUGAUACGCACUUUUGGGUUGCUGGCCAGACAGACUAUGUGCGCACGGCAGUUGGCACUCGACCCGGCGACCCAUUCGCCGAUGUGGUGUUUGGGUACAUGUUUUCUCGAAUCCUCAAAUCGGUAGAGGCUCAAAUGAUACAAGCCGACCUGAUUGAACAUUUCGAGGAUGCCGAGACCAAUGGCCUUUUUCCAAGUGCCAGGGCACCGACAAGGCCUCUGCCCUUUUUAGGGCCAACUUGGAUGGAUGACUUGUGCGUCACAGUUUCCGCUCCAACAGCCCAGGCCAUUGAGACCAAGACUGGUGUUGCAUGUGGAAUUCUUCUGGAUGCUUGUCAACGCCAUGGGGUCACACCGAACCUUCAACGAGGGAAAAGUGAGAUCUUAUUUGCCUUCAGAGGCAAAGGCUCCAGACCACUCCGCAACAAAUACUUCGGUCCAUCCACUGCCGGCAAGAUGACUAUUCUGACUGAAGGAGGCAGCAGAGAGAUUGUCGUUGUCGGGCACUAUCAACAUCUAGGUGGACUCAUUCAUCAUAGUGGAGAGACGCGCUACGAGAUGAGAAGGAAAGUUGCCCAAGGUCACCAGACCUUCACGCAACAUCGGAAGACUCUCUUCCAAAAUGGUCACCUUCCAUUGCGGAAGCGCAGUGAGUUAUUCCAGACUUUGGUGGCUAGCAAGGUUACGUAUGGGACCGAGUCAUGGACGCUCAUGGACAAGAUCAACAAGCAGUAUUUUCACAGUGCCUACAUGCGCCUUUAUCGCCGCCUGAUGAAGCUGCCUCAUGACAAGCCCAUGUCCGACGAGGAAGUCUCAGUCAUUCUUGGCCUGCCACAACCGACCACAGUGCUACGAGUAGCCAGACUUCGCUAUCUUGCUCUCCUCUACAAGUGCGAACAUGUCACACCAUGGGCUGUACUGCGAGCCGACUCGCAAUGGAUGGCCUUGCUUUGUGAUGACCUACAGUGGCUCUGGGACCUUGUUUGCUCGACCACGACGCUCCCGGCGCCACGUGAUCAUUUUGGUCCAUGGGAAAAUGUGCUCCGCUACCAUCGAACCUAUUGGAAACGACUUCUUCAACGAGCAGUGCAGCUUGAACUUUUGCAUUCAGAAGAUCGUUUAUUGCUUCUACGUUUGCACCGAGAUGCUUUUGGAUUCUUGGCCGACAAGGGACCGCUGGCCUAUCGACCGCAGCUCUAUCAACCAGCCCCUACGCAAGACCAUCAGAUCUUUGGAUGCAUGCGCUGUAGCAAGAGAUUCAAGAGUCAUGGAGAAGAAGGUGCACAUCUCUGUCGAGCACAUGGCAUCGUGGCACCAGUCCGACGCCUUUAUGAUGGAACGACUUGUCCAUCAUGCUUGCGGGAGUACCACACCUUUGCUAAACUUCAACAACAUUUGCGAUGCACUGCGCAAUGUCGACAUCUUCUUCAAGGACAACGUCAACACGCGGUACCUGCACCAGGAAAGGGUUCUCUUGCCAAUGAGAGACUCCAUAGAGCGCACGAUGGACUUGUGCCCACUUUGCAAGCACAAGGACCUAAAGAUGCGCGCCACAGACCACGUGCUGAUGAACAUUUCUGUGACAGUCUUUAUGAAGAUUUGGUCUCGGCAUGUUUUGAUCAUCAGGACCAACCAGAACGAGACCUUUUUCACGAACUUUAUGAGCGCAUCCAGACCCACCCUGUGAGUUGGACGAUGACCAAACGGACAUUACACUACAUUGCAGAGUCCCUCACGCUCGAAGAUGCCAACUUGGCCCACCUUGGCCUAAUGGAGUGGAGACAGCUGCUCUAUCGCCUUGCGGACUUCCGUCAGUGGAGCUUCCUUGCAGAGGAUUUCUGCGAACGGUCAACGGACCAAGAUCUUGCGCUGCCGCAUUAUGAAGACUGGUGCAGAGAACUACAAGCUCAUGAUCCCCCACGCUUCGUCGAGCCGACGGUUCCUCGCGUCCAUUUUCAAGAACGUGUGGUGGUGCAUGCCUACUCAGGCCGCAGGCGCUACGGGGACUUCCAGUGGUACCUCGACGCCACCGCGGAGAGAACUGGCAUUGAGAUGCUCUUUGUAGUAUCACUUGACUUGGUGAUUGACCAGCAAUGGGGUGAUAUCGGCAGACCUGAGUCGUACCAAUUUUGGACGAAUGCCAUUCGCAGUGGAUACGUCCUUGGGAUGCUUGGAGGUCCCCCCUGUUGCACGUGGUCCGCAGCGAGGGGCAAAGUGGACAUGACCAUGCAACGACAGGGCAAGACUGGGCCCCGACCCAUUCGAUCUGCGGAGGAUCUAUGGGGAUUCUGGUCACUCUCACUCAGAGAGAAGCGCCAGAUCAUGGACGGCCACAAGCUCUUGGCGUUUAGCAUUAUCUGCAUGAUCCUCCUUGACGAGGUUGACGGCAGUGGCAUUUUGGAGCAUCCUGCUGAACCUUCCGACACAGGCAGCCCAAGCAUAUGGAAGCUUCCUCUCAUCCAGCUUCUCCUGACUCUGCCGGGCUUCGAGAAGGUCACAUUUGCUCAGGGACUCCUUGGUGCUGACAGUGCCAAAAGCACGACGCUGUUGACACUCAACCUGCCGUCCUUGCCUCUUCAUCUUCGAGCCAAUGCAAUCAGUGCAGAGCUUCCCAAAGGUCGAUCAAUUGGACUUGACCAAGAGGGUCAUUUCCGUACUGCGGUACUCAAGGAGUAUCCGCCGGCGCUGUGCAGUGCAUUUGCUGCCAGUUUUGCCACGUUUUUAGCAUCAAUGCCGAUGCCAAGCAGCCAGCAUCACAUUCCCGCAGAUGUAAAGGACACAAUCUUGGCCAUGGUUUGCACAGAAUUCACAGAAACCAUUGGACCAGACUGUGUGAAGUGA